AUGAAGUUCGUCAUCGUUUUUGUGGCUUUGAUUGCCCUAACUUAUGCUGCUCCACCCAGCCAGGAUGCCCAAGUUUUGCGCCAGGAUUCCCAAGUGGGCCCCUCUCAAUAUAGCCACGUCUUGGAGACAAGUGAUGGAACUGCUAUACAAGCUCAAGGACACCUUGAAAACGAAGGCCAUGAGGAUGCCAGCAUUGCUGUAAAGGGAUCCUACAAAUUUGUUGCUGAUGAUGGUCAAACAUACCAAGUGGACUAUGUUGCCGACAAAAAUGGUUACCAGCCAUCCGGUGCCCAUUUGCCUGUUGCCUAA